AUGCCUUUAACGAGUAGAAAGUGGUCUGUCUGGAUAUAUUUUGUGCUCCUGAUACUGGAUUAUUGCUGGGAUGCAGCGUCUGGGCAGCUCUCUUACUCCGUCUCAGAGGAGGUGAACUCGGGGACAUUUGUUGGAAAUAUUGCGAAGGAUUUACACUUAAACGUACAGGAUUUGGAGUCCCGUAUGUUCAGGAUUGUUGCUGUAUCAAAGAAAAAGUAUUUCGAGGUAAAUACGAAGACUGGCAUCCUCUACGUUAGUGAGAGAAUAGACAGAGAGGAGCUCUGCGCGAAAGCAGGAAGAUGCACUGUUAAUGUCGAGGCAGUCAUAAACGAGCCUCUAAAGCUGUACCGUAUAGAAAUUCAUAUUCUUGAUGUCAACGAUAAUUUUCCGUAUUUCAUUGCAAAGUCGCAGAACAUAGACGUUGCAGAAAGUACGCUACCUGGUAUAAGGUUUCCUCUUCUACAAGCCUACGAUGCAGAUGUCGGAAAGAAUGGCAUUCACACAUACAAGCUCAGCUCUAAUGAACACUUUUCAUUAGCAAUAAGCAAAGCGGGAGACAGUAUUUCCACUGAGUUAGUGUUACAGAAAGCGUUAGACAGAGAAAAAGAGCCUCUGAUCGCGCUUACUUUAACAGCGCUAGAUGAUGGAAGUCCGCCAAAGUCUGGAACGUCAGAUAUUGUAAUUAAUGUUUUAGAUAAUAAUGAUAACACGCCAGUGUUUGCAAAGUCUUUGUACAAAACUCGUGUAUUUGAAAAUGUGCCUAUUGGUACCACUCUGCUUACUUUAAAUGCCACAGAUGCAGACGAAGGAACAAACAAAGAGAUCAUAUACACACUUAGCACAAAGGAGCAGGACCACAUACUGCAGAUUUUUAAAAUUGACCCGAACACAGGCACAGUGACAGUUGAAGGAAAUGUGGAUUUUGAAGAACACCCUGCGUUUGAGAUUCGUGCGCAGGCCAGUGACAAAGGCCAGCCUCCGAUGUCUGCUCACUGCAAGGUGCUGGUAGAAGUGGUGGAUCUAAAUGACAACGCUCCUGAGAUCACUGUGACGUCACUACUGAACACAGUGAAGGAGGACGCUGAAGUCGGUACUGUUGUUGCGCUUGUCUCUGUCUUGGACAAAGACGGAGGCAAGAAUGGUGAAGUGCAAUGUACAAUAGAUGACAAGACCCCGUUUAAACUGGAAACAAACUAUAAAAACUAUUACUCGUUAGUGGUUGAUGGGCCGCUAGACCGAGAGAGCAUCUCUCACUAUAACGUCACCAUAACAGCAAGUGAUGGAGGCAACCCGUCUCUCUCCAGCAACCGUAUUAUUACUGUUCACGUUUCUGAUGUCAAUGAUAACGCGCCUCGAUUCUCAUCACCAAACAUUAAUAUUUAUGUAAAGGAGAACAGCGCAGUGGGAGCAGUGCUUCAAAGAGUAUCCGCACUAGAUGAUGACAUGAAUGAAAAUGGCCAGGUGAGUUACUAUUUUUUAGAAAGUAACACUAACUCAGUCCCGCUGUCCACAAUGGUGAACAUUAACUCAGAGACUGGAGAUAUAAUCAGCCUGCAGUCUUUCAACUAUGAGGAGUUAAAAACCUUUCAGUUCAAAGUUCAGGCCACAGACUCUGGUGUUCCUCCGCUCAGCAGCAACGUGACUGUCAACGUUUUAAUCCUGGACGAAAAUGACAAUAAUCCAACGAUUCUCGCGCCAUAUUCUGAGCACGGCUCCGUCAACAGUGAGAGCAUCCCAUAUUCUGCUGAAGCGGGAUACUUUGUGGCAAAGAUCAGGGCUGUAGACGGAGACUCUGGAUACAAUGCGCUGCUCUCUUAUCACCUGUCUGAGCCCAAAGGAAACAACCUCUUCCGGAUCGGAACCAGCACCGGAGAAAUCAGGACUAAGAGGAGAAUGAGUGACAAUGACCUGAAAACUCACCCCUUGCUGGUCUUGGUUUCUGAUAACGGAGAACCCUCCCUGUCAGCUACUGUGUCUAUUGACGUGGUGGUGGUGGAAAGCACAGCUGACAUCCACACUCAGUUCAGACAUGUGCCCAUAAAGGAGGACAGCUUCUCUGAUUUAAACCUGUACCUGCUGAUCGCCAUUGUGUCGGUCUCACUCAUCUUUCUGCUCAGCCUCAUCAGUUUAACAGCUGUCAAAUGCCACAGGACAGACGGCACCUUCAGCAGGUACAGCGCCCCAAUGAUCACCACCCACCCUGACGGGAGCUGGUCUUACUCCAAAUCUACUCAGCAGUAUGACGUGUGUUUCAGCUCAGACACGCUGAAGAGUGACGUAGUGGUUUUCCCCGCACCGUUUCCACCUGUAGAUGCUGAGCUGAUCAGUAUUAAUGGAGGAGACACUUUUACCAGAACUCAGACUUUACCUAAUAAAGAAAAGAUGCAUUUACCAAGCAGAACGAGCUCUGUGUGGAUUUAUCUCUUGGUCGUGCUGCUGGAUUGUUACUGGGAAGCGGUGUCUGGGCAGCUCUCUUACUCCGUCUCAGAGGAGGUAAAUGUGGGGACUGUUGUCGGAAAUAUCGCUAAAGAUCUGAACAUCAAUGUCCAGGAUUUGGAGUCUCGCAUGUUUCAGAUCGUUGCUGGAUCAAAGAGAAAAUAUUUCGAGGUAAACCUAAAGACUGGUGUCCUGUAUGUUAACGAGAGAAUAGAUCGAGAGGAACUCUGCGGAGACGAGUCCAAAUGUUCACUGAGUGUAGAAGCAGUAAUUAAUAAUCCAUUGAAACUGUACCGGAUUGAAAUUAUAAUCGUAGAUGUCAAUGAUAAUUCGCCGUCAUUUCACAGCAAGUCACAGGUACUGAACAUUACUGAGAACACAGCGGCAGGAGCAAAAUUUCCCCUGCACGCUGCCCACGAUGCCGACGUCGGGAAAAAUGCUGUAAAUACCUACAAACUUAGCCAAAAUGAAUACUUCUCUCUUGAUACACAUAAAGGGGAGAGUGUAACUGUCGAAUUACUGCUUCAGAAAGCUUUAGACAGAGAAAAACAGCCUGUGAUUCGUCUCACACUGACUGCGAUUGAUGGAGGAACACCUGCUAAAUCAGGCACUAUGACCAUUAUAAUCAAUGUGUUGGACAUUAAUGAUAAUCCUCCUGUUUUCAGUCAAAGUCUGUACAAAGCCAGUGUGUAUGAGAAUGUUAAGAUUGGCACAUCAAUAAUAACAUUAAAUGCCAUUGAUCUGGAUGCAGGACUAAAUGGACAAGUGUUAUAUUCAUUCAGUGAAGUCGGCCGAGGGAAACAAACUGAUCUGUUUACUGUAGAUGAAAAAACUGGGACUGUAGCAAACACAAAGAACAUCGACUUUGAAGAAAAGAGUGCUUUUGAGAUUCGAGUACAAGCCAGUGAUAGGGCAAUUUUUCCGAUGACUUCAAAUGCAAAAUUAUUGAUUGAAGUUUUAGACGUCAAUGACAAUGCACCUGAAAUUUCAGUGACAUCACUGUUAAACACUGUGAAAGAGGACGCCUCCAUUGGCACCGCCAUUGCACUAGUUUCAGUAUUUGAUAAAGACGCAGGUAAAAACGGGAUGGUGAACAGUAAAAUUUCCAAUAACGUCCCGUUUAAAUUAGAGUCAAAUUAUAAGAAUUACUAUUCGUUGGUGGUGGACGGUCCUCUUGACAGAGAAAGCGCAGCUCAAUACAAUAUCAGCAUCACUGCUGCUGAUGAGGGCAGCCCCUCACUAUCCAGCACCAGUGUUAUUAAUGUACAAGUAUCAGAUGUGAAUGAUAACAAACCUCAAUUCACAGAAAACAUAAUAAAUGUCUAUGUGAAAGAAAACAGUCCAGUGGGGGCAGUUAUAAAAACAGUUUCAGCUAUUGAUGCAGACAUUGAUCAGAAUGGUCAGGUGAGAUAUUCAUUUCUACACAACAACAGCAACUCACUGCCACUCUCGACAAUGGUGAACAUCAACUCAGAGACUGGAGAUAUAAUCGGCCUGCAGUCUUUUAACUAUGAGGAGUUAAAAACCUUUCAGUUCAAAGUUCAGGCCACAGACUCUGGUGUUCCUCCGCUCAGCAGCAACGUGACUGUCAACGUUUUAAUCCUGGAUGAAAAUGACAAUAAUCCUACGAUUCUCGCGCCAUAUUCUGAGCACGGCUCCGUCAACAGCGAGAGCAUCCCAUAUUCUGCUGAAGCUGGAUACUUUGUGGCAAAGAUCAGGGCUGUAGACGCAGACUCUGGAUACAAUGCGCUGCUCUCUUAUCACCUGUCUGAGCCCAAAGGAAACAACCUCUUCCGAAUCGGAACCAGCACCGGAGAAAUCAGGACUAAGAGGAGAAUGAGUGACAAUGACCUGAAAACUCACCCCUUGCUGGUCUUGGUUUCUGAUAACGGAGAACCCUCCCUGUCAGCUACUGUGUCUAUUGACGUGGUGGUGGUGGAAAGCACAGCUGACAUCCACACUCAGUUCAGACAUGUGCCCAUAAAGGAGGACAGCUUCUCUGAUUUAAACCUGUACCUGCUGAUCGCCAUUGUGUCGGUCUCACUCAUCUUUCUGCUCAGCCUCAUCAGUUUAAUAGCUGUCAAAUGCCACAGGACAGACGGCACCUUCAGCAGGUACAGCGCCCCAAUGAUCACCACCCACCCUGACGGGAGCUGGUCUUACUCCAAAUCUACUCAGCAGUAUGACGUGUGUUUCAGCUCAGACACGCUGAAGAGUGACGUAGUGGUUUUCCCCGCACCGUUUCCACCUGUAGAUGCUGAACUGAUCAGUAUUAACGGAGGAGACACUUUUACCAGAACUCAGACUUUACCAAAUAAAGAAAAGCAUGCAGGUUUGCCUGCAUGCUCCAUCCUGAUGUAUGGGAUAAUGCAUUUACCGAGCAGAACGAGCUCUGUGUGGAUUUAUCUCUUGGCCGUGCUGCUGGAUUGUUACUGGGAAGCGGUGUCUGGGCAGCUCUCUUACUCCGUCUCAGAGGAGGUAAAUGUGGGGACUGUUGUCGGAAAUAUCGCUAAAGAUCUGAACAUCAAUGUCCAGGAUUUGGAGUCUCGCAUGUUUCAGAUCGUUGCUGGAUCAAAGAGAAAAUAUUUCGAGGUAAACCUAAAGACUGGUGUCCUGUAUGUUAACGAGAGAAUAGAUCGAGAGGAACUCUGUGGCAAUGAACCAAAAUGUCCCCUCAUCGUAGAAGCAGUUGUUAAUAAUCCUUUAAAAUUGUACCGGAUUGAAAUUGUAAUUUUGGAUGUAAAUGACAAUUCGCCGUCAUUUCGAAGCACGACACAGACAAUCAACAUCACUGAAAAUACAGCAGCAGGGGCCAGAUUUCCCUUGAAACGAGCUCACGAUGCCGACGUCGGGAAAAAUGCUGUAAAUACAUACAAGCUGAGUCAAAAUGAACACUUUUCCCUCGCUACGCAUAAAGGGGGGAGUGUAACUGUUGAAUUACUGCUUCAGAAAGUUUUAGACAGAGAAAAACAGUCUGUGAUUCAUCUCACACUGACUGCCAUUGAUGGAGGAACACCUGCUAAAUCAGGCACUAUGACCAUUAUAAUAAAUGUGUUGGACAUUAAUGACAAUCCUCCUAUAUUCAGUCAAAGUCUGUACAAAGCCAGUGUGUAUGAGAAUGUUAAGAUUGGCACAUCAAUAAUAACAUUAAAUGCCACUGAUCUGGAUGCAGGUCACAAUGGACAAAUAUCAUAUUCCUUUAUUGAAAUAGACCAAGAGAAACAAACUGAUCUGUUUGCUAUAGAUGAAAAAACUGGGACUGUAACAAACACAAAGAACAUCGACUUUGAAGAAAAUAAUGCUUUUGAGAUUCGAGUACAAGCCAGUGACAGAGCUUCUUCUCCUCUCACCUCACAUGCCAAAUUAUUGAUUGAAAUUUUAGACGUCAAUGACAAUGCGCCUGAAAUUUCAGUGACAUCACUGUUAAACACUGUGAAAGAGGACGCGUCCAUUGGUACCGCCAUUGCACUUGUUUCAGUAUUUGAUAAAGACGCAGGUAAAAAUGGGAUGGUGAACUGCAAAAUUUCAAAUAUUGUUCCUUUUAAAUUAGAGUCAAAUUAUAAGAAUUACUAUUCGUUGGUGGUGGACGGUCCUCUUGACAGAGAAAGCGCAGCUCAAUACAAUAUCAGCAUCACUGCUGCUGAUGAGGGCAGCCCCUCACUAUCCAGUACCAGUGUUAUUAAUGUACAAGUAUCAGAUGUGAAUGAUAACAAACCUCAAUUCACAGAAAACAUAAUAAAUGUCUAUGUGAAAGAAAACAGUCCAGUGGGGGCAGUUAUAAAAACAGUUUCAGCUAUUGAUGCCGACAUUGAUCAGAAUGGUCAGGUGAGAUAUUCAUUUCUACACAACAGCAACUCACUUACACUCUCGACAAUGGUGAACAUCAACUCAGAGACUGGAGAUAUAAUCGGCCUGCAGUCUUUCAACUAUGAGGAGUUAAAAACAUUUCAAUUCAAAGUUCAGGCCACAGACUCUGGUGUUCCUCCGCUCAGCAGCAACGUGACUGUCAACAUUUUAAUUAUGGAUGAAAAUGACAAUAAUCCAACGAUUCUCGCGCCAUAUUCUGAGCACGGCUCCGUCAACAGUGAGAGCAUCCCAUAUUCUGCUGAAGCGGGAUACUUUGUGGCAAAGAUCAGGGCUGUAGACGCAGACUCGGGAUACAAUGCGCUGCUCUCUUAUCACCUGUCUGAGCCCAAAGGAAACAACCUCUUCCGGAUCGGAACCAGCACCGGAGAAAUCAGGACUAAGAGGAGAAUGAGUGACAAUGACCUGAAAACUCACCCCUUGCUGGUCUUGGUUUCUGAUAACGGAGAACCCUCCCUGUCAGCUACUGUGUCUAUUGACGUGGUGGUGGUGGAAAGCACAGCUGACAUCCACACUCAGUUCAGACAUGUGCCCAUAAAGGAGGACAGCUUCUCUGAUUUAAACCUGUAUCUGCUGAUCGCCAUUGUGUCGGUCUCACUCAUCUUUCUGCUCAGCCUCAUCAGUUUAAUAGCUGUCAAAUGCCACAGGACAGACGGCACCUUCAGCAGGUACAGCGCCCCAAUGAUCACCACCCACCCUGACGGGAGCUGGUCUUACUCCAAAUCUACUCAGCAGUAUGACGUGUGUUUCAGCUCAGACACGCUGAAGAGUGACGUAGUGGUUUUCCCCGCACCGUUUCCGCCUGUAGAUGCUGACCUGAUCAGUAUUAACGGAGGAGACACUUUUACCAGAACCCAGACUUUACCUAAUAAAGAAAAGGUAAGACAAAAGUUGUACCAAUGUGUGAUGAUGUAUUUUCCGGGGAGAACGAGCUCUGUGUGGAUUUAUCUCUCGGUCGCGCUACUGGAUUGUUACUGGGAAACGGUGUCUGGGCAGCUCUCUUACUCCGUCUCAGAGGAGGUAAAUCUGGGAACUGUUGUCGGAAAUGUUGCUAAAGAUCUAAACAUCAAUGUCCAGGAUUUGGAGUCUCGCAUGUUUCAGAUCAUUGCUGGAUCAAAGAGAAAAUAUUUCGAGGUAAACCUAAAGACUGGUGUCCUGUAUGUUAACGAGAGAAUAGAUCGGGAAGCACUCUGCGGCGACGAGCCCAAAUGCCCACUUAGUAUAGAAGCAGUAAUUAAUAAUCCUUUGAAACUCUACCGGAUCGAAGUGAUAAUCUUAGAUGUAAAUGACAAUUCCCCGUCAUUUCCCAGCAUGUCCCAGAUAAUUAACAUAAGUGAGAGUACAGCAGCAGGGGCUAAAUUCCCUUUGCAACGAGCUCACGAUGCCGAUGUCGGGAAAAAUGCUGUAAAUACCUACAAACUUAGCCAAAAUGAAUACUUCUCUCUUGAUACAUAUAAAGGGGAGAGUGUAACUGUUGAAUUACUGCUUCAGAAAGUUUUAGACAGGGAAAAACAGCCUGUGAUUCGCCUCACGCUGACUGCCAUUGAUGGAGGAACACCUGCUAAAUCAGGGACUAUGAUCAUUGUAAUCAAUGUAUUGGACAUUAAUGAUAAUCCUCCUGUAUUCAGUCAAAAGCUGUAUAAAGCCAGUGUGUAUGAGAACGCUAAGACUGGAACAUCGAUAAUAACGCUCAAUGCUACUGACAUGGAUGCUGGGGCAAAUGGAGAAAUAUUGUACUCUUUUAGUAAAAUAGACAGUGUGAGAAAAACGGAUCUGUUUGCCAUAGAUGAAAAAACUGGGACUGUAACAAACACAAAGAACAUCGACUUUGAAGAAAAUAAUGCUUUUGAGAUUCGAGUACAGGCCAGUGACAGAGCUUCUUCACCGAUGACAUCACAUGCCAAAUUAUUGAUUGAAGUUUUGGACGUCAAUGACAAUGCGCCUGAAAUUUCAGUGACAUCACUGUUAAACACUGUGAAGGAGGACGCGUCCAUUGGCACCGCCAUUGCACUAGUUUCAGUAUUUGACAAGGACGCAGGUAAAAAUGGGAUGGUGAACUGCAAAAUUUAUAAUACGGCUCCUUUUAAAUUAGAGUCAAAUUAUAGGAAUUAUUAUUCGUUGGUGGUGGACGGUCCUCUUGACAGAGAAAGCGCAGCUCAGUACAAUAUCAUCAUCACUGCUGCUGAUGAGGGCAGUCCCUCACUAUCCAGCACCAGUGUUAUUAAUGUACAAGUAUCAGACGUGAAUGAUAACAAACCUCAAUUCACAGAAAACAUAAUAAAUGUCUAUGUGAAAGAAAACAGUCCAGUGGGGGCAGUUAUAAAAACAGUUUCAGCUAUUGAUGCCGACAUUGAUCAGAAUGGUCAGGUGAGAUAUUCAUUUCUACACAACAACAGCAACUCACUGUCACUCUCGACAAUGGUGAACAUCAACUCAGAGACUGGAGAUAUAAUCAGCCUGCAGUCUUUUAACUAUGAGGAGUUAAAAACCUUUCAGUUCAAAGUUCAGGCCACAGACUCUGGUGUUCCUCCGCUCAGCAGCAACGUCACUGUCAACGUUUUAAUCCUGGAUGAAAAUGACAAUAAUCCAACAAUUCUCGCGCCAUAUUCUGAGCACGGCUCCGUCAACAGUGAGAGCAUCCCAUAUUCUGCUGAAGCAGGAUACUUUGUGGCAAAGAUCAGGGCUGUAGACGCAGACUCGGGAUACAAUGCGCUGCUCUCUUAUCACCUGUCUGAGCCCAAAGGAAACAACCUCUUCCGGAUCGGAACCAGCACCGGAGAAAUCAGGACUAAGAGGAGAAUGAGUGACAAUGACCUGAAAACUCACCCCUUGCUGGUCUUGGUUUCUGAUAACGGAGAACCCUCCCUGUCAGCUACUGUGUCUAUUGACGUGGUGGUGGUCGAAAGCACAGCUGACAUCCACACUCAGUUCAGACAUGUGCCCAUAAAGGAGGACAGCUUCUCUGAUUUAAACCUGUAUCUGCUGAUCGCCAUUGUGUCGGUCUCGCUCAUCUUUCUGCUCAGCCUCAUCAGUUUAAUGGCUGUCAAAUGCCACAGGACAGACGGCACCUUCAGCAGGUACAGCGCCCCAAUGAUCACCACCCACCCUGACGGGAGCUGGUCUUACUCCAAAUCUACUCAGCAGUAUGACGUGUGUUUCAGCUCAGACACGCUGAAGAGUGACGUAGUGGUUUUCCCCGCACCGUUUCCGCCUGUAGAUGCUGAACUGAUCAGUAUUAACGGAGGAGACACUUUUACCAGAACUCAGACGUUGCCAAAUAAAGAAAAGGUAAGAUGUAAGAUUAUACAAACGUAA